AUGUCUGACGAGUUCUGGAAUGACCUGCAAUAUAUGGCUCUGGGCAGAGAUGAUCCUGAACUGUUUAUUCCUCAUGUCACUUAUGCUGGAGUGUUAGCUAGGAACCGAGUUAGCUUGAUUGGGAGACCUCUUAACCCUAGAGAGCAAGACCUUAGACGUGUGAUCUACUCCCUACCCCACCUUUGGGUUCUAGCAUCGCGGGUUCAUGGACGCGUUUUAGAUGACAGCUAUGUCCAGUUUUUAUUUCGGUCAGAGGUGGAUCUGUUUGCAGUUCUACGAAGGGGACCUUGGGUGGUUGACAACUGGUUUGUUGCUCUACAAAGGUGGGAAGACUUUCCUGAGCAUGAUUUUCUCAAUAGUAUUGAUCUUUGGGUCCAAAUCCGAGGUAUACCUCUGCCUUAUGUUUCACAAGAAGCAAUUAAGUUUAUUGCCAAAACUCUUGGAGAGGUUGUUGAGUUAGAUUUCAAUGAGGAGACUACUUCGCAGUUCUCUUUUAUAAUAGUAAAGAUAGGAAUUGGAAUCACAGACCGUAUGCGUUUCUUUAGAAGAGUCAGAUUUGAAUCAGGAGAAGGGGCCAUGAUAGGUUUUGAGUAUGAAAAGCUCAAGAGGAUUUGUACGAAGAUAAUCUUUAAAGGUGAGAGUGUUCUAAGCGUAGGAAAGGAAAGCAAGUUCAGUUAG